AUGUCGAGCAGCAGUAUCUACAGCUCCCAAUACGGGGACUCACGGAACAAGCUCGACGACUCAGCCGGGGACUACUCAUCGACGAUCAUCCGUCGCCGGGCCAGCAUGCGAUACCACCGGGAGACGCUAUCCCAUUUAGCAGCGCAAGGACCGGCCCGAUUCGAGCCGCGAGACCUGAUCACGCCAGAGCCGGAGCUGGACAUCUUCACUCCGCAGGACUACGAGCCGCCGCACAACGGCGGCUCGACUCCGUCGUCGUACCGCCGCAUCAAGAAGACAAAGUCUUCUGCCUUCACCGUGGCCCAGAUCUUCACCCCGCCCCCGCCGGAAAUCCCGUCGGCAGUGUUCACGCCCGAGGGGGAGCCGGCGAGGGAGAGCCCUAGGAAGUCUGCGUCGUUUCUGAGAGGAGGAACGGACUUUAUGGGGGAGGGACGGGCUCGUGAACGGCGGUCGUACUAUAUGGAGUCCGCGGCGAGGAAGACGAUGCCGCCGAUUGUUCCGCCUGAGGUUGUGGCCGGGAAGUACAAGGGCAAGAACGAGAAGGGCGAGUGGGGCGCCAUGAGGUUCCGGAAGAAGGCCAGGAAGAUAACCGACUCGGUGUUUGGCUCCGUUAGGAAGGUUCUGGGGAGAAGCUGCAGUGGCCAAGAUAAGGCGUCCUUUGGCUCGAUCCCCGAACAGCAGGUGGCCUCGAGCAGGUUGCAUUUUAGGGAGUAUGUCACUGCUGAGGAGCCACCGUCCCCGACAAAGUCUGAAAAGUCGGCGAAAUCGCCGGAAAAGGAGAAGCCGAAAAUAAGGUCGAAUUAUGUCGUCUCGAAGGCACCUGUCCUACACUUGGUCGCUUCACAGGAGAUGAUUCAGUCCGAUGUUGGCAGCAUCAGCAUCGCGAGCAGGAUGGCCGGACGGACAAUACGUGACGGUGGGGAUCCUGAGGGCGAUGGGGAGUUCUUCCGUAUACCUUCAAGAAGGGAGCGAUUUAAUGUCGAUGCGAGAAGAGUCUACUCUGCCCUGCUCAAGAGACAAAAUUCCGUAGAUAAACCAGCGCUGGUCGAGGCCGACGAGGAGCCUGGCUACUAUAUAACGCCGGGGAGAGGAUUGUUGCCAGAAGAGGAGAAGAUCUUCGAACGACAUGUGGUUCCGACCCCCAGGUCGGCAAGCGUUAGAAGCUGCUCUUCGAAGGUGACCAUCAAGCCAGAGCCAGUGGCGCAAUAUGAACCCGAGUUCGAGCCAGAGAGUCCUCCGCCUCCCGUCCCGAAGAUUCCCAAGAUCUGGUUGGACAAUGCAACGAGUCCGAGCGACCGUAGAGAGAACACCGGAACCAUUCGCAACCGCAAGAGUUGGGCACCAUCGAGCACAACCCAGUACGUUCCCAUCAACCGGAAUGCCCGCCCAGAGUCUCUCCACGCCGAGUUCGACCACAACGACGAUGCCUCGGUCAGCACCUCCACCGACGCCGCCCUCUCCGCCUGCCACCUCCAAGUCCUACGAGACCGCCGCUUCCAGUCCGGUGUCUCCUCCAGCAGCAACGAGAACCUCCGCUGCAGCCCGCUCGCGACCAAACGGUUCUCGUAUCCCGAAGGGGCCGAGAACAUCCUCCGCUCGCGCUCAGUCCUGGAACAGCGCCACACCAACAACCGAACUCCCAUCGAGCGAACACGGACCCCGGGCUAUGACCGACAGUUCCGCGCCGGACUUCGAAGUGUUGAUGUCAACGCGGCGCCUAUUGCGGGGUCGGAGACACCGCCACUCAUUCUCACCAAGCGGGAUAGCAGGAACAGUCUCAGUGGGAGAGUCAGUCGCAUGAGCGUGAGGGAAUUCGACGUUGGCCUCGCAGUGGCAAGACAGUUUGGCCCGGUCAAUGAAUAUCCUAAUUAUAACAAUCCCCAUCUUUACCGUGGAUAUGCAAACAAUGGAAGGAGAGUUAGUGCCAGAGUUCCCGACUCUGAGGAUGAGAGCGAUGAUCGUGCGUUUUUGUAA